AUGGAGACGUUGAAGGGGUUUGCUCGCCGCACCACGCAGAGCCUGCGUGAGAUGGUGUCGCGGACGGAGGUGUCGCCGGAGGAGAUGCGGCUUACGGAGGUCAUGGGGAAGGUGCGCAUAACGGAGAUGAAGGGGGAGAUAAUUUGCGAAAAGGUCAUCCAGGCUGCUCGGCUCAUGGGCGAGCUUGGCACGACGUUGCGAGAGAUUGGAGAGGAGUACAAGGGUGUACCAGAUUUACCGAAGGAGAGUCGUGAACUUGCCGACGACGUCUUCGAGGUCGGUGUGAAGCUCGUGGAGACGUCGCAGGAGCACCAGAAAGGUCUGAAGGAUAACGGGUUCGAGUUGCUACGCAGCUUCGCCAAGCAGUGUGCGCAGCUGCGCGAGGUCGAAGAUGCGCGGCGGCACCACCAGCUCGAGUACGACUUCUUCAAAUCCAAAGUGCAGUCCCUCCGCUCAUCACCGCAGAGGGACUUCACUCGUCUUCCACGCAACGAGCAGAUCUUGGAGAAUUGGCGGGUGGAGCUGUGGCGGGCGACGGAGCGCAGUAAAGCGUUGUGCUCGGAGCUCUUCGUGUCCGGUCGCCAGGCGAUUGACCGAAGCGUGCUCACGACCAUUCAGGUGCUCCACAGCUUCGUGGAAAUUGCGUCGACGGGCUUCUCGCAAACCUUUCAGGGAGUACGCCUCCCCACCUAUCCAAAAACACCUGUACUGCCUCCGGCGGCGCUGCCGCCUGCGCCGGCGCCGUCGACCCCAUACGCGUACAGCGCCCCGACGGCUGUUGCGGUGCCCACUGCUGCCAUUAUACCGACCUCACCGGGUGCUCAAGCUCCUAUGCCCGGGACGGCCUACGUGUCGACCCCGCUACUGUCGUCGGCAAAUCCCCCCGGCCCAGUUGCAGCACCACAGGCAGCGCCACUUUCUUCCGCCAUAGGCACUCCGUACGGAGGUGUCCCUUCGUAUGCCGCCACGCCAGGGGCUGCCGGUAGCGGCCCUGCGGGUUAUCAACCACCACCCCUCCACAUACAAACUUCAACAGAUAAUGACACGGCAACGUAUCAGCCACCGCCCGUACAGUGA